GUUAGGUCACCAUGGAGUAUUUCUUUCAUGAAAUCGAUGUUGACCAGAAUUCCGGUAUUGACUCUUACGAGCUCAGGGAAACCACUGGUCAGGGCCCCUUUACCUCAGUGGUGUUGGGACACCAUCUUUUAACAAGGUGUCAGGUGGCCAUUAAAAUAAUUCAUGAACGGGACUACAUCACAGUGCACAGAAACAUCAAGCGAGAACUCCGCUGCAGGAAACACUUGCACCACCACCCCAACAUUAUCCAACUAUACCACGUUAUCUGCUCUCCUGACUCCCUCUUUCUAGUCAUGGAACUCGCGCCUAACGGGAGCAUACAGGACUACCUGUGUGCACAUGGCCGCAUGCCCGAGGCCCUGGCCCGCAAGCUCUUCCGGCAGCUAGUCUCAGCACUCCACUACUGCCACACCAAGGGCAUUGCCCACAGGAAUUUAGAACCACAGAACGUGCUGCUGGACUGGCGCAUGAAUGCAAAAGUUGUGGACUUUGGUUUUGCAGCAUCAUUCAAAGAACAUGAACUCAGCAUGUUCUGUGGCAACCCCUUGGCAGCACCCCCAGAACUCUUCCUUGAGCAAAUAUAUCAUGGCCCUGCCAUGGACAUGUGGGGCUUGGGGGUGCUGCUGUACAAGAUGUUGACGGACACCUACCCUUUCACAGGAAAAAACUUGGACGAAAUAAAGCACAAGGUACUCAAAGGAGAGUACAUCGUGCCAACAUAUUUCUCCUCAGGAGUGACAAUCCUCCUAAAAAAACUGAUCCAUCUCAAUCCUGAGGGCAGAGAAAGCCUGCAAACCAUACUGCCGGACCCUUGGCUCAAUGAGGGCUAUGAGGAGGAGCUGGAGCCAUACAUUGAGCCAUGCAGGGAUGUCAUAGACCCCUGGGUUGCCAGGAAGAUGCUGCAACUGGACUUCCCAUGGCAAGACAUCAAGGACACGUUGAGAAAUAAAAAUAACAAUUAUCUCAUGGCCACAUACUAUAUAUUAACAACGAAAAAAGAUGAACUCCAGGCUACCCCUGUGAAGGGCUUUAGGCUCGUCUCUCCUAAGUUCAACCCGCGCAUCAGGCGCAUCGUUCCUGACUCCAGCCCAGAAUCUAUGACAUCCACUCUCGAGCCCAGCAUCAACAGCCAUACCCAAGACUCCCUGUAUCUCCCCGGAGACUUUCCCUCCCCCAGGCAGGGCUUCCGAAGGCAGGGCAGCAGCCUAUGGACCAUGAGGCAGGGCAGGAGUCCAAAGAGUCUGCCAGAUCAUCAGCCAAACCUGAGUCCAGCAUUGGUCCUGGACUCAGCAAUCAAAUCAGAAGUGGUGGUGCUGGACCACCACUCCCGAGCCCAGCACUUGCUCAAGGACCACCACUCCCGAACCAGUCAAGAAUCCUGGACCACCACUACCGAGCCAGCCCAGAAUUCAGGACUAACACUCUCGGGCCAGCCCAGAAUCCAGGACCACCACAUCCAAGACCAGCUCCACCUCGAGGUCCAUGGCUUGCAAGCCCAACCUGUACUCCAGGGCUGUUACUCUCUAGCUCCGCCCGAGCUUCAGGACCACCACUCCCAGGCCCGGCUCAAGCUCCAGGGCCAAUACUCCAGAGCCCAGACCAUGCUCCAGGGCUGCCACUCCCAAGCCCAACCCCGAAUCCAGGACAGCCACAUUUGA